AUGUUUGUUGUUAUCCUUAAAGCGGCCGGCUUGGCAAAGAAGGCGCGCUCCAGCCGUACCUUCCUCAUCCACCCCGAGCACCAGGACCCCUACUUUUACGACCAUGCCAAUGCAAGAAGUUGUAUCGCCCCUGAGGCCGUCUUCCUGAAGUCUACUGCUGAAUCUCUCGUUUGGAUCAAUGUCCCGACCAAGACAUCUAAUCGAAUCUGUUCGCCUGCUGCCUCUGACCAUUCGAUGAUGCUCCUCCUGCCUAUACUGUUCUACAUAUGCUUCCUGGCUGUUCCUGCCAUAGCCAACGUGGAAAAGACUAUCUUCACUGCACCCGACAGUACAAAUUUUGGAGAUGCUCGACCAAACUUGAUGGACUUGCAGCUUGAUAUCCUUUCAUCAAAGAAACUCUCUGUUCGGACUGCUCUUCCUGUAAUAUUUCCUACCGAGAAGCAUCCCCGUGGGUUGUCAUCUUGGUACACUCUCGAAAAUCUACGUCCAGGCCAGCGCUACGAGGCCCCGGCUCUGCUGCAGGAUCUAAGCAGCUACGCCGAAGAGCGCCAGAACAUUCUGCUUGCAGGCGGUUCUGGAGACGCAGGCGAGUUGACGACUGCUGCGAAACGAUCUGUCCUGUUUCUUCGCGUCCAAUCAGCGGCAAACUUCUAUACCACCGACAAAGCCUUGAUGCAGCAGCCUCCUCCUGUCUACGUCGACAUCAGACUCAAGCUCGUAAUCCUCAACCAUAAACCUUCAAUCUUGCCAACAAUGCAGUCGGUGAUUCAAUCGCCUCCACGCUCCUUUCGUGGACUACCCACCGAACUCGUCCUUGAGAUCCUCAGCUACCUUGCUCCGGAUGCCCUCAUCUCGUUCGGGUUCGCCUACUACCAUCUGCUCGUCAGACACUCUCUAGCUUCUCUGCUGUCACCAAUCACGAUGACUCGUCUCUUCUACCAAGCAAGAAUACAUCUCAGAAGCCGUUCAAGUGGCCCAAUGUCUCUGCCGUCGGAAGUCAACCUGCAGAUACUGCGUCGUCUCGAGCCUGCUGAUGCGCUGAACUAUGCUAUGGCUAAUUAUCUAGAGUUGGCUCGUCAAGGUAUCGCACCCCCACUGUCUCAAGACACGCUGUGUCGCCUCAACCGUGCUAUUAGACGUGGACGUGGUUCAGACUCCAACACUUGA